AUGUGUUUUUUCUUUUCACUUUGCCUUAUACUUCUAUUUCUUCUCCUGAACAUCCUUUUUCCUUUUUUAUUUUCGAUUUUUUUCCUAUUAUUCAUCUGUAACCUUUCUUCUUCUUCUUCUUCUUCUUCUUCUUCUUCUUCUUCUUCUUCUUCUUGCUCAUCUACAUUUCUCCUUCAUUAUUUUUUUCCUUUUCUUUUUCAUUUAUCCUUCAUAUAUAAUGAUUAUUAUUAUUAUUAUUAUUAUUAUUAUUGCUUUCACGUUAUUUUUUCUUCAUUCUCACAUCCUUCUUCAUUUUUCUUCUCUUCUAUUUUCUUUCUUCUUCGUUCUUCGUUCCUUUUUCUUUGUGCCAACCAGAUUCUCUUUUUCACCUUCCUUCCAUUUUGUUCAUUUUCAAUAUUUCUUUCCUUUUUCUUUCUUUAUUUCUUCUUCUUUCUUCUUUUUCGUCUUCAGUAUUUCUCUUCUUUUUUUCGUCUGUAUCCUCUUCAAUAUUUCCUUUUUCUUCUUCAUUUUAGUAUUUUCUUCUUCUUGUUUUCUUCUUUUUGUUUUUCUUCUUCUCCUUUCCGUCAUUUUCGUCUCCAGUAUUUUCUUAUUCUUUGUUCUUGUUCAUUUUCACUAUUUUCUUCUUUUCCUUUUCGUCCUCAGUAUUUAUUUCUUCUUCUUCUUCUUCUUCUUCUUCUUCUUCUUCUUCUUCUUCUUUCUUCUUCUUCUUCAGAUUCUUUCAAUUUUAUCUUUCCGAUUUCCUUUUACUCGAAUGAUAUCACAAGCCGGCCGCUUUCUUUUCUCUUUCUUAACUCUUCUUCUCGACACCAAAUCUCUCUCUCUCUCUCUCUCUCUCUCUCUCUCUAUCUAUCUAUCUAUCUAUCUCUAUCUCACUUGAUUCUUUUCUCUUUUGCUGUCAUGUCUCUUUUCUUACCCGUCUUCUCUCUCCUAUCUCUCUCUCUCUAUCUAUCUAAUUUACAUACGCAUACACACAAAUAUACGCAAGCACAAUACAUUUCGCAACAAUUUCAAUCUUUCAUUCUGUAUUUCUCUUCCGUUUUACCUUUUCCUUCUCCUUCUCUCUCUUUUUCAUCUCUCUCUCUCUCUCUCUCUCUCUCUAUAUAUAUAUAUAUAUAUAUAUAUAUAUAUAUAUAUAUAUAUAUAUGCAUUUUAUACUCCUCUAUCUUUCUCUCAUGCUAUCUCUGUUUUCACUUCUUCAUCACUAUUCUAUAUCUAUCUCUGUUUAUCUGUCUCUCUAACUUCUUUUUUCUUCUUCUCUCUCUCUCUCUCUCUCUCUCUCUCUGUCUGUCUCACUUCUCUGCUUUGAUAAUUCCCUCUCAAUCGCUCUCACACAUAUACACGCACAUACACAAACCAUUACUUUUCAUUUCCCCGCUCUUUCUUAUCCUUUUCAGUCAUGCUUUUCGUUCACUCUUUCUUUCCCCCUCUCUCUCUCUUUCUCUCUCUUUCCCACUGUCUCUCUCCCUCUCUCCCCAUCUCUCUCUCUGUCUCUCUCCGUCUCUCUCUGUGUCUCUCUCUGUCUCUUUCUGUCCCUCUCUCCCUCUCUCUCUCCCUCUCUCUCCUCCCCCCUCUCCCCCCCCUCUCUUUCUCUCCCUCUCUCUCCUCCCUCUUUCUCUCUACCUCCAUCUCUCCCCCUCUCUCUCCCCCUCUCUCCCCCUCUCUCUCCCCUCUCUCUCCCUUAUUUUUUACACCUCCACCUUUCUUUCCGUAUUAGCAAUCUUUUGCCUUCUAGCGUUUCUUCAACACUUUUUUUUUAUUAACAAUCUUUUCUCCCUCGUUUCUCUCAUUCGUUUUAUCGUUCGCGUUUGCCUCAUUUCUCAUUCUUUCUUUCCUUUUUCCUUUCUUUCUAUUGCCUUUCUUUUUUUCUUCCUUUUUCUUUACCUCAUUUCUCUUUGUUUCCCCAUUUCUCUUUCCCUUUAUUCUUUUCCUUUUUUUUUCUCUUUCUUUAUUUCCCUUUUCGUUUCACUCAUUUCUCGUUAUUUGCUUCCCUUUCACUUUCUGUUUAUUCUCUUUUUCUUUUUUCUCUUUCUUCCUUUCCCGUUUUCCUUUACCACUUUUCUCAUUCUUUCUUUCCCUUUUCCUUUGCAUUAUUUUGUCGUUCUUUGUUUUCCUUUCUCUUUCCCUCAUUUCUUUUUCUUUCUUUCCCUUUCUCUUUCCGUCAUUUCUAUUUUUUGUUACCCUUCCACUUUCCAUCUUUUCACUUUCUUUGUUUCCCUUUCUCUUUCCCUUUUUCUCUUUCCCUUUUUCUCUUUCCCUUUUCACUUUCCCUCUUUUCUCUUUCUUUGUUUCCCUUUCUCUUUCCCUUUUUCUCUUUCCCUUUUUCUCUUUCUUUGUUUCCUUUUCUCGUCCCUUUUUCUCUUUCCCUUUUUCUCUUUCCCUUUUCUCUUUUCCUUUUUCUCUUUUUUUAUUUCAAUUUCUCUUUCCCUCUUUUCUCUUUCUUUGUUUCCCUUUCUCUUUCCCUCUUUUCUCUUUCUUUGUUUCCCUUUCUCUUUCCCUCUUUUCUCUUUCUUUGUUUCCCUUUCUCUUUCCCUCUUUUCUCUUUCUUUGUUUCCCUUUCUCUUUCCCUCUUUUCUCUUUCCCUUUUUCUCUUUCCCUUUUUCACUUUCCCUCUUUUCUCUUUCUUUGUUUCCCUUUCUCUUUCCCUUUUUCUCUUUCCCUUUUUCUCUUUCCCUUUUUUCUCUUUCUUUGUUUCUCUUUCUCUUCCCUUUUUCUCUUUCCCUUUUUCUCGUUCCCUUUUUCUCUUUCCCUUUUCACUUUCCCACUUUUCUAUUUCUUUGUUUCCCUUUUCUCUUUUCAUUUUUCUCUUUUUUAAUUUCAUUUUCUCUUUCCCUCUUUUCUCUUUCUUUGUUUCCCUUUCUCUUUCCUUCUUUUCUCUUUCCCUUUUUCUCUUUCCCUUUUUCUCUUUCCCGUUUUCUCUUUCCCUGUUCUCUUUCCCUCUUUUCUCUUUCUUUGUUUCCCUUUCUAUUCCUUUUUUCUCUUUCCCUUUUUCUCCUUCCCUUUUUCUCUUUCCUUUUUCUCUUUUCCUUUUUCUCUUUCUUUGUUUCCUUUUCUCUUCCCCUUUUCUCUUUCUCUUUUUCUCUUUCCCUUUUUUCUUUUCCUUUUUCUCUUUAUUUAUUUCAAUUUCUCUUUCCCUCUUUUCUUUUUCUUCGUUUCCCUUUGUCUUUCCUUUUUUCUCUUACCCUUUCCCGUUCUCACCCAAACUUUUUGCCUCUCUUUCUCCCUUUAUUAUUCCUCAUUUUCUACUCUCUCCCUCUCCCUCUCUCUCUCUCUCUCUCUCUCUCUCUCUCUCUCUCUCUCUCUCUCGCUCUCUUCCUUUUGGAAAUACAGUGA